AUGUCUUGCUUCCUGCUGCUUAUUCUGCUCUCCCAGAUAUUCGAAUAUUCGUUUGAAGCUGAAGCAAUCAGCAAGCAAGAGAAGCAAUCACCAUGGACACAACGAAGCAAAAUAGAAAUCACUUUUAAAGCUAGACCACGUAUAAGCAAUAAUGGCAUCGAUCACAACGUCCGUAGCCUUUUCAAUGACUAUGCUAUAAGAAAUGGUAUAACACUCGAAGACGUGAAUGUUCAUCGCAUAGAUGAUUGCUCGCAACUGCCAUCAGUAUUGAAAUACCAAGCAAAUGUUAUGGACUGCCACGAGUUUCAAAUAUAUCUGUACGAGCUCAGACCCGAAAAAUAUUGUACGAAAAUUGGUCAUGUCAAAUGCGAUCGUAUGGCGUCUACGAUAUGCCUACAUUACACCUGCUCAGACAGCGAUUACAAAGAUGUGACCAGUUGCACUUGA